AGUCCAGGAGAACGGAGUGGAAACGAACACUCCGGGAGAGACGUGAUUGGAAUUUGCCUGGCUCAUGACGGGUGUAGCGCGAGGAGCGCGAGGAUCGCGAGGGAGGAAAUCGUAGCAGUCAGGGGAGAAAUCAGAAGGGGUGGUACGAUGGAGGAAAGCUCAGAGAUUUUCUGACUUCCUGAAGCAGCUGCGCGAAUGGCGAGGGUGGGGCGGGGAGGAGUAGAAACUGAGGAAUGCAGCUGAGGGCCUGCAGUAGCGGAAGCACUGUAGGAAGGGGAGCACAGACACACACACAGAGAGAGAGAGAGAGAGAGAGAGAGAGAGAGAGAGAGAGAGAGAGAGAGAGAGAGAGGAAAAGGUGGGGGCGAGGGAUUGGGGGUUUUGCUGAGGGGAAGGGCAAAUCAGACAAGGAACAAAAUAGUUGGAGGAAGAGGGGGAGAGAUAUGUUUGCUGAGAGGUGAGAGGCUGGCUGGCUGGCUGGCUGGGUAGCAGUACUGGUGCAGAAGGAAGAAAGCAGGCAGCGCUUGUUGGGGGAAAAUGAUUGCUGCAGGAUAUCGAUGUGCUGAUGCGAAAGCCGAAGCAGUAGCAGCCGUGCAGGAAGAUACUGCAAGCAUUAUGUCCAUCCAAACCGCCUUCGUCGUCGUCGUCGUCGCUGCUGCUGCUGCUGCUGUAGACUUGUCUGUCUCAACUUCCUCUCCUCGCCACCUCCUCUGGUUCACAAUCUGAGCGCAACAGUCGUUCAUUGCUUCCUCCCAAGUUCGGAUCGCAUCACUUGUCUUCGUAGCAAGCGCUCCCCUCUCCUCCCACAUUCUCCUCCUCCUCCUCCUCCUCCUCCUCCUCUUCUCCCGUCUCGUCUCCUCCCCGUCCGUCCCUCUCUCCUCUCCCCUCCCCUUCCUCUCUCCCUCUCUCUCUCUCUCUCCCUCUCUCCCUCUCUCCCUCUCUCCCUUCUUCUUCCAUCUCGUGCGUAGCCUCGAACCGCUGCUGGCUUUCCGCUGCAGGCCCUGGAUUAGGCGCGCGCUUGUGCUUUCCCCAGCCAGUUUUAUACAUUCCACCACUACCAGACGUCGAGAUUCAAUCUAGUCAGGCAGGCAGCGUAGUGUACACUCAUGCAUCGACCGAUUUUCCAUUGCUGAGACGCAUAUGCAUCAUUGAACUUUCCCGUGCGCAGUAAUUCACCCCAUAGUUAAAACAACUAGUUGAAUUUAGGACAGGACUCCAGCGAUUAGCGUGGGAUUGACAUUAGAGAGUAGUAAGCAACUUCCCCAUCGUCUUCUGGAGACUCGAUAGGCGCGAGCAGGCAGGCAGGCAGGCAGGCAGGCAGGCAAUUCGGACGUACGUGUGCGAGCGAGGCGUCGAGAGUGCCUGCGAGUGCGUGCGGAAGGUGUUGGAUUUGAGCUCAUGCGUAUGCUGGAGAGGAGUCGCCGACGGUCGUCAGGUCUCGGACAAAGACGGGGACACUUCUACGGAGCAUUAGCACGAUUGGACCCUCGGCAGUAAGCGAACGACCGAGCAGUGAAUCAAUCAAUCAGUCGAUCAGACGCACAGGUUCGAAGAUCUAGCCUAGCCCGCAACCGAUUGGCGGCCAGGCCAGCAGCGCCAGCGUUGGAAUCCAGAUCGGAAAGGAGAGAAUGCGCGUGCGUUGAUUCGGAGCGGGGCUGGACGAUCGCCCGCAGGCUUAGAGCUCAUAGAUGAUGGACGAGCGGUGAUUCAGUGACCCCAGCGAUUGCAGGACUCGAGGCAGCAGCAGGCUCAGUGCAAGCCAGUGGAAUUCAAGCGACUGCGGGGUGCGCUGCAUGGACCGUGAUGGCGCAACAGGCUGAAAAUCGUGACGCACUUGUUUGAAUCUCCACGGGCCCGCCGGCUCCUUACGGUUUUUGUGGUUCUCAUCCCCGCGAGAACUACACUUGCAGUUUGCUGUGCCUCGUCCUUACAACCUCAGGAACACAACACAGGAAGGAAAGCAGAUCUGGUGCAAGGGGGGCGCGAGGCGAAAAUUGUGAAGCGAGGAAUAUGGUGGCAGUGCGAAAACAGGAUCCAGCGGAGCGCAGCUUCGAAAGCUCGGAUUCGAGUUUGAGGUCGGCGGCAAGUUCGGGCCGGGGGUUUGGGUUGCCAGCAGCAGGAGGGGGAGGGGAUGAUUUGUCGAGGAGGUCGAGCAUAAGCUCGAGCCGGAGAGAUCGCAAGGGGAGAAUCAGCCUCGACGACCUGUUCAGACAGCAGAACAAUAAGCUGUCGCAGUCGCACAAACCGCACAAGGCGAACGACGCGGGCUGGGAGGCCAUACAGCAGGUGAGGGAGAGGGAUGGCGAGGUGGGCUUGAACCACUUCAAGCUCAUGAAGAGGCUCGGGUGCGGCGACAUCGGCAGUGUGUAUCUGGCCGAGCUGCGCGGCACCAAGUUCCGCUUCGCCAUGAAGGUCAUGGAUCUGGGCUCUCUGGCCUCGCGGCGCAAGCAGAUGCGCGCCGAGACCGAGCGCGACAUUCUGUCCACGCUCGAUCACCCCUUCCUGCCCACGCUCUACGCUCACUUCGAGACCCCGCAGUUCCUCUGCCUCGUCAUGGAGUACUGCUCCGGCGGCGACCUCCACACCCUCCGCCAGAAGCAAGUCGGCCGCUGCUUCACCGAUAAGUCCGCCCGGUUCUACGCAGCAGAAGUGCUGAUGGCGCUGGAGUAUCUGCACAUGAUGGGAGUGGUGUACCGCGAUCUGAAGCCCGAGAACGUGCUGGUGCGAGGGGACGGGCACGUCAUGCUGUCGGACUUCGACUUGUCUCUGAGGUGUUCGGUUUGUCCGACGCUCAUCAUGUACAUGAAUCCGCCGCCGGUGCCUGUGGUCGCCCCGAAGGUGAUUGCACACGCCGCCCCGGAGCCAUACGACAGGGACAUGUCGUGCUAUCGACCCACCUCGUGCAUGCCGCUGCGCAGCAGGUCUCACAAGGCCGAUCACGGCAGCGAGCCCAAGCCCUCGAAGCCUCCGAGCUCCAAAUGGAAGCCGAGACUCAGCAAAUCCGCCAGCAAGUCCACGAGCAGGAACUCUGAAUCUUUCAACCUUCAGAGUAUCCAGCUGCCGGAGCUCAUCGCCGAGCCGACGGGAGUGAGAUCCAUGUCGUUCGUCGGCACGCACGAGUACCUGGCGCCUGAGAUCAUCGCAGGAGAUGGCCAUGGCAGCGCCGUGGACUGGUGGACUUUCGGAAUUUUCCUCUACGAGCUGCUGUACGGGCGGACUCCGUUCAAGGGCGAGGACAACGAGAUCACGCUCGUGAAUGUGGUGUCGCAACAAUUGGAGUUUCCUCAAAAGGGCGACCCUUACUUCAAAGAGGUGGACGCCACCGCUAAGGAGCUCAUCAAGGCGUUGCUGGUGAAAGACCCACAAAAGAGGCUGGCGUCGAAGCGAGGGGCCACGGAGAUCAAGCAGCAUCCGUUCUUCGAAGGCAUCAACUGGGCGCUGAUCCGGUGCACGCUUCCUCCCCAGAUUCCCAGGCCUAGCAGUCAGACGAAGGAUGACAGUCCUCAAGGCAACAAGGCUGCUUCGGCUGCUGCUGCCGUGGCUGCCCAUGCCGCUCUCACUGCUGCUGCUGAUGCCAAGAGCAAAAACUUCGAUACGCCCGCGAUUGCGACCGGGGUUGUGGCAGCUGGGGACGAUGGUCACAACGAGAGCUCGCGCUUCGAUUACUUCUAGUGCUGCACCGGACUUUGUUCAUCAUUUUCUUUCGAUUCUUUCGGUGGUUGUUUCUCAAUGUCUCUGCAGUUUUACGUUACAACCACAACAACUGACAGAACCUAUUUUUGUGAGCACUCUCGACCUCUUCGGUGAUGAUGAUCGACGACAUCCGGGGAGAUCACGACCAAGAGUGCCACUUUGUGUUUUAUCUGAGAAAGCCCACCACCUUUCGUGCAAUUGUUAGACUUAGAAGGAGCCCAGCUCUCGAGAUGCCCAUGCAUGGGAUUGCGAGCUACAUGGGUCGUCAGUAUUUAGGUAUGAAGGACACCGGACACUUGCAAGGAAUCACGCAGCCAUCUUGUGCAAGUUUUUUAAGAGUGCGUCUCAAGUUGAAGAACAUAGAGUUUUCCUUUUUUCACUGCUGUUCCUGCAACUCUGAGUGCAAGUGCGUUCAGAGGCCAACGUUCUGUAUCCGUGUGGACGAUGAAGGACGAGGCCUGACGUGCGCAGCGUGUUAGACCUCCACCCUGAAAAUCUUCAUGGGGAACUUCGAUUGGCUCAAGCUAGCUCACUCGUAUCUCAAACUAUAUAGUUCGGAAUAGCUAUGGCGUAUAGCCCUGUACAGUGCAUAAAUAGGUCACGAUUACGACACUACUCUGUAGCUCUGGACCCAAUUGAUCAAAACUGUAAGGGUCCCGAGUGAGCAAGAGAUCAAUUCU